CUGGGCAAUGGGAUGGAUCACUUGAUGAUUACCUGUUCGUUCCCUCUGGGGCACCUGCACUGGCCACUGUCGUCCUUGUAUUUCAAUAAUAGGUUGUUUAGAAAAAAAUCUUAAAUCCUACCCUGUUUGUACUCUCCCACCCUGAAUCAAUACAUUCCUCUUAAACACAUUUUGACAGUAGUUUGUGGUAGGCAAGAAAACUAGUGGCUUCCAGCUCUGACCAUUUGCCCUGGAAGCUAUGUAUGCUACCUCUUUGUAGUCUUCUUGCUGGAGAUGGAGGAGUGGGAAGUUAAGGUUGGGGUGGUUAACAUACCGUACAGUGCUCCCAAAUCUUGGCCCUGCCUUUAUACUGUCAACCUCCCUAUCACCCAAACCUUGUCCAAAUGGCUCAUUCUAGGGGAUGGGUAGAUAGAGAUAGAAAUGACCUCAGCCGUGAUUCUAUUGCCACAAGUUGGCUUCAAACAAUAUUUCAUGGUUUUAGGUGCACCGAUACCAUGGGUAUGAGCAUGGUAUGGAAAACUAGAUAGAUACUGAUUAUUUUCUUGUAGUACUUUGUUGUAUCUUGUCUAGUGCUGUAACUACGCAGCCCUUUUCACUAAGUGAGAGGAGUUGAAGAUGUCUGAGCACUCAUACUGGAAAAAAACACUUGCCUCGGGAUGCAAUUUAGAGUCAUGAAUAGAUUGAGGAUGGUUAACUAGGGCGACCUAGGGACAUUAUCAGUGAUUUGUAAUGAGAGAAGUAGUCCUUUGGCCUGGAAAUUGAGUGCUUGACUUUACAAUCGUAAUGAAUUUAACGUGUAAUCACAAAUAACAGGGAGGAAAUCAUCUUGGAACAGGUGUUUUUAAAGGAGCAUUCAUUAGGGAGAGUCCAAUCACAGCAUGCUUGCCAUCCCUCUAAAAGUGAGGCAUGGGAUAGAUUUGAUCCCUGCAAGUGCUCUGGCAACAAGUGACCCCCGGGCAUGAUCCCUUCCACUAGCCUGAAAAAAUCACCUUUGGACUCAGAUGGAGAGAGGCCCACUUAAUGAUUCAUACUAGAAUUUACAUGAUGCAGCUAGCUGUAGGCCUGAGAUUUCCCAAAUCAAGGCAAAGUAAAAGCUACUAUUUCUUCACUAAGGUAAAUCAGCUGUGCUGUUUGGUGCAGAAUAUGAACAAUGACAGUGGAAAAUCAAGUAGGAAUAGUGUGCUUUUCUGGUGUUAUUGGAGUCCAAGCUCUUCGAGGCAUGAACCUUCCAUUUAUUAAUUUUUGUGAUAGCACUAGAGGCCCCAGUCAUGAAGCAGGACCCCUUUGUACUAGGAAGUGUAUAAACAUAAGAUGGUCUCAAAUUUUUUUUUAUUGCACCUAAUUUUUAGUCUGCAUAUGUCUACCUUUAACUUCCAGCCAUUUGAUUUCAUUACCUCUUUCUGCUAGAGGUAAAGAUCAGAAGUGCUAGGACCAGAAAUUUAAUUCACACAUAAGUAUGUAAAGACUGUGAUCAAGUCACCUCUUCAAUUUUCUUCUGGAUAAGAUAAAUACUGAGCUGCUUUAGUCUCUCACAGUAAGGCAGGUUUUCCAGACCUCAUUAUUGAAUCUUUUCUAACCCUUUCCAAUUUGUCAAUAUACUUAAGUGUGGGCACCAGAAUUGGACACACUAUUCUGCUAAAGAUUGCACCUAUGCUGUAUAGAGAGGUAAUACCAUCUCCCUACUGCCACUGUAUAUUCCUCUGCUUAUGCAUCCAUAGAUCUUAGCUUUCUUAACUGCAGCAUCAUACUGGGAGCUCAAGUUGAGUUGGUUAUCCACCAGACUCCAAGUCUCUUUAGCAUCACUUUCCAAAAUACAGUCCCUUUGCUAAUGAUUCACAUUUAAACUGAUGGCAAAUUUCAUCAGUGCUUACACCUAUCCAGCAAAAGAUUUGUUUAAAAUGAGUUAGGGCAAUGCUGGUCUCAGUGUGCCUAGUAUGAAUAAAUGCCCUCCUAGCAGUGCCUUGGAAAGUCCACUACAUGGCAAUCAAAGGAUUUCUCAUAUGGCAAUUUAUACAUAGUUAAAAUAGCCUGUCUUGAACAGGGAAAGGCUUAUAUAGAUCGGGGCAGUCAUUUGUGUGUGGCAAGAUGUGAUUUAAUCCUGAGUCAGGAUUUGAAAGUCUUCGGGAAUUCCCUGACUUGAAUAUCUGAGCUGGGCCAAGGCUUGUUUCCUCCCCCCCGCCAAAUGAAAUAUAAAUUAAAAUAUAUAGAGCAUCAUCUGUUUGUGUUUGGUUUGUCACUUGAUAGUCUAACCUGAAUGUGUAAGGAACUGCAUUUCUAAACUCCACUGAAGUAAGUGUCAUAAGAGAACAUGGUGCAGGGUUUUCUCUUCCCUCUCUGAUAUAACAUUAUGUUGACGGUAGCAAGACUCUGGAGCCAGAGCCAUUCUUUGAGAUUUGUUCCUUAAAGGAUCUCAAAGCAUCUCCCAGACAUUACUGAAUCAACCUUAAUACCUCAGAACAGAGUUGGUCAAAAAAAUUCACCACCACUUUCAUUGCAAAAUGCUGUUAGUCAGAUUCAAGGUGUUUUGUGAGACUGUGUUAACUUUGACAACAUUUGAGGGAAAAAUUCAAAGUGGAGUAUUUAAUUUAGACAUUUCAUUUUGAUUUAAAAAAAUAACUUUUUAAACUUCAUUUUAUAAAGUUUCAACCUUAUUGGCUAAAGUGUUUUGACAAGGUCACUUUGAUGUUUCUAAAUCACAUUAUUUUAAAAUUUCUUUUGUGGAAUAUUUCAAGAUUUGACUUUGUCCUGAUUUGGGAUGAAAAUAAAUUUCAGAAUGUCUGAAUUUCCUGGGGGACAGAAAUUCCAUUUGCUGACUAGCUCUGAGCUAGGAGAAGGUGGUCUCCCAUUUUAUUAAUGGAAUAAAUGAAGCUCAGAGAGUUCAAGUGACUUGCUCCAAGGUCACACAGCACUGCUAGUUACUGAAGAUGGAAGCAGAAAGGAAAAACUCUCCAACACUGAGUAAAAGCAAACAGCCUGUGAAAACAGAAUGGGGGUCUCAGAGUGUUGUAUUUACUUACUUUCAAGGGGACCUUAACAGUGUGAUAGAUGAACACUUUUCUAGAGCGUUAAGCAAUGCCAAGAACCCACAAGAUCUGAGCACAAAGCACAAGAGUGAGGAUGUUACCCUGAAGAAUGAUAGCCACAUGUCUCCCCAUCAGUGGAAUUUCUCUUCUCAUUGGACCAAGUCAUAUCAAUCAUCUCCUGCUACAAACACAUCAAAUUCUGAUCUGAAUUUGUCGGCUGCUACUAUAGACCACCAUCAGGCAUCAGUUUUGCGGAAUCCUCCUAUUCAGCCUGCAGAUUUGUGGCACUUCCCUUCGAUAGCUAAUCCAAGUCUUACUGAGUCAGGAUAUCCUCGCUCCUUGCCUGACCCUCAGAUGGUGCAGGGACCAAUGUCUGAUGGGAAAUAUGGUUCGCUUCUUGAUUUUCUGCAACAGGAAAGGUGCCCAGCAUCUAGCCAGGAAUCUAUUGUGAAGCAAAGCUCUAGUUCAGCCUGUAUUACUGGAUCAGCUAGGUUACAAAAUAUGAGUCAAAGUUUAACUCCUGGGGGAGAAAGGAAAGCCAGCUCCUAUCAAAGCCCAGGAAACCCCAGCAUCACUCUUGCCAGUUCAGGUAUCCAGUCUCAGGAUAGAAGACGAGACUUAUACUUUUAGCCAAUGGACAUUUCUGCUUUAUUCCUAGAGAGUUCUUUCUGUGAACUUUUAUAAUUGUGAAUCAGGAGGAAAUAGACCACAGUCAUUCUGUGCUUUUUCCAUCAGCCAGUUGCAUGACUACACAUGCUAAUAUACUAUUUUGUUUAUUAAGUGAUGUACUUCUAAGUAAAUAACUUCCAGCCUGUAUGAUUCUA